AUGUACCGAGCGGGACCACCAUCCCCUGCACACCCCUGGCCCGAGCAUCAAGCAGGGCUAGCAUCCCCUGCCUGUUCCUCACCCAGGCACCACACAAGGCCACCAUCCCCUGCGCACCCCAGGAACUGCAAGGGGCCACCAUCCCCUGCGCCCCCAGGCACCAGGCAAGGAGGUGAUUCCCUGGGCACUCCAAGAACCAAGCCGGGCCAGCAACCCUGGGCACCCCUCACCCAGACUCCACACGAGGUGACCACUUCCUGCGCACCCCAGGCACUGCUCAGGGACAUAAUUCCCUGCAUAUUCCCCAUGCACCAAGCAAGGCCACCAUCCCCUGUGCAUUCCUCACCCAGGCACCAUAUGAGGCCACCAGCCCCUGCGUGUCCCUUGCCCCAGGCACCAAGUGGGGCCACUGCACCCCAGGGACAUAAUUCCCUGCAGAUGCCAGGCACCAAGCGGGGACACCAUCCCUUGUGCACCCCUCACCCCAGGCACCAUCAUCCUCUGCGUGUCCCUUGCCCCAAGCACGGAGCUGGGCCACCACCCCGUGUGUCCCUUGCCCAGGCACCAUAUGAGGCCACCACCCCCUGCACACCUCAGGCACCAAGCAGGGACAUAAUUCCCUGA